GAAGCAGUACAACGAUAUAGUUUUGUAAGUUCAUCCACAGGAUACAGCUCAGCUCGAAGUAGCUUAAGAAGUUCAGAAAUAAGCGAUGAUACUAGCAGUAAUCUGAUGAAUCUCCCAUCUGCAAAAAAGCUGCUAACGCAAGAAUCAUCGAUAUCAGAGCAACGUCGUCUGAAGUUAUUAAAUAAUGGUUUAGUAACACAACUUGAUCGAAUUGCUAUGGAAUUAUUAGAAACAGAACGUUGCUAUGUAAAUGAUCUCAAUGACGUUAUUCAGGGAUAUUUAAAUUAUCUCGUGGAUCAUCGAGAAGAGUUUGAAGUGACCGUCGACGAUAUUUCUAAUACUUUUGGUUGCAUUGAGCGGAUUUUCUUCUUCAAUAAAAAGCUUUAUCACGAAUUAGACGCCGCACAGCUUAACGUCGUAUGCGUCAAAUAUUUUAUGCCUGAAAUUACUUUUAAAAUGAUUGAAACAUUAUCGAAUUUAAUGAAGAAAAAACGAGUAGCAGAGAUUCUGAAACUUCGUCAAGCUUUUCUCGGCCAUUCUCUGCCUCUCAGUGCGUAUUUACUGAAACCUGUCCAACGAGUACUUAAAUAUCAUCUUUUUCUUGAAAAUAUUUUAAAAAGUUGCGCAGAGACAAAAAUUAUGACAGAAAGUGAUCGAAACAUAAUAAUACAAGCUCUUCACUGCAUGACUGCACAAGCGGAAAAAAUUAAUGAUGAAAAGAAACGUGCAGAACACGUAGAACGAGUACGUGAACUUCAAAAUGCUCUUCACAAAUGGUGUAUUGAUGAAAAGGAGGAUUUAUCCAAAUAUGGAGACUUACUUCUAGAAGCAACUUUCAAGUUAGCUGGAGCAAAAACAAAUCGUCAACUGUUUCUAUUUGAAGAAAUGUUACUGAUUGUUAAAGAACGAAAUGGAGCAUUAAUCUGCAAAGAUUAUAUUAUGGUUAUGUGCAGAAGGAUAUGUCAAUGUUGUAAAUUUUUACACUGA